AAGUUGACCAAAGACAUGGUGGUACUGGUACUGUUGUAAAAUGCAAAACAUGGCAAAACACAGACAUUGGACAUGGGUUGAAUGUAAAACAGAGGAAGAGCCAAUGGAGGGGAGAGAGAGAGAGACGUUAUUUCUUGGUGAUGGUCUGGUGGGUGAGAGCUGGCUGGGCUGAACCUGGUCUUCCCUCCACAGCUAUAGCACACUGCAGCUGGAGCGAGAGAGGAG